AUGGCGACGGCGGAAGAAGGCGGAGCCACCACCACCGCUUACGGCGGCGGCGGAGGAGGAGGUGCUGGGAGAAAGUUUCGCAAGAAGCCCUUCCGCAAAACGACGACGCCUUACGAGCGCCCCGCCAUCGCCUUCCCCGGCAAUGGAGGCAGCAGCUGGUUGACGAAGUUGGUGGUGGACCCCGCCUCCAAGCUCAUUUCGUAUGUGGCGCGCCGCUUCUUCGAUUCUGUUUUCCGCAAAAAACGCAUGCCGCCGCCACCUCCUGCUCCUCCCCAGACAUCAGUUGGAUCGACCGGCGGUGCAACUGCUCCAGUUUUUGGUGCUGGUUUGAGCUCUUCAGGUUCUUCUUCAGUAACCACCGGCUCCUUCAGCAGUGCCACUUCUUCAACUGGUGCUGCCGCUGCUCCAGUCUUCAGUUUCGGUACGACCUGUUCAGGUUCUUCUUCAGUCUUCAGCAGUGCCCCUUCUUCAACUGGUGACUUCAGUUUCGGUACGACCUCUUCAGGUUCUUCUUCAGUCUUCAGCAGUGCCCCUUCUUCAACUGGUGUCUUCAGUUUCGGUGCGACCUCUUCAGGUUCUUCUUCAGUCUUCAGCAGUGCCCCUUCUUCAACUGGUGUCUUCAGAUUCGGUACGACCACUUCAGGUUCUUCUUCAGUCUUCAGCAGUGCCCCUUCUUCAACUGGUGUCUUCAGUUUCGGUGCGACCUCUUCAGGUUCUUCAGUCUUCAGCAGUGCCCCUUCUUCAACUGGUGUCUUCGGUUUCGGUACGACCUCUUCAGGUUCUUCUUCAGUCUUCAGCAGUGCCCCUUCUUCAACUGGUGUCUUCGGUUUCCCUACGACCUCUUCAGGUUCUUCAGUCUUCAGCAGUGCCCCUUCUUCAACUGGUGUCUUCGGUUUCGGUACGACCUCUUCAGGUUCUUCUUCAGUCUUCAGCAGUGCCCCUUCUUCAACUGGUACGACCUCUUCAGGUUCUUCUUCAGUCUUCAGCAGUGCCCCUUCUUCAACUGGUGUCUUCGGUUUCGGUAAGACCACUUCAGGUUCUUCUUCAGUCUUCAGCAGUGCCCAUUCUUCAACUGGUGUCUUCAGUUUCGGUGCGACCUCUUCAGGUUCUUCUUCAGUCUUCAGCAGUGCCCCUUCUUCAACUGGUGUCUUCGGUUUCGGUACGACCUCUUCAGGUCCUUCUUCAGUCUUCAGCAGUGCCCCUUCUUCAACUGGUGUCUUUGGUUUCGGUACGACCUCUUCAGGUUCUUCUUCAGUCUUCAGCAGUGCCCCUUCUUCAACUGGUACGACCUCUUCAGGUUCUUCUUCAGUCUUCAGCAGUGCCCCUUCUUCAACUGGUGUCUUCGGUUUUGGUACGACCUCUUCAGGUUCUUCUUCAGUCUUCAGCAGUGCCCCUUCUUCAACUGGUGUCUUCAGUUUCCCUACGACCUCUUCAGGUUCUUCAGUCUUCAGCAGUGCUCCUUCUUCAACUGGUGUCUUCGGUUUCGGUACGACCUCUUCAGGUUCUUCUUCAGUCUUCAGCAGUGCCCCUUCUUCAACUGGUACGACCUCUUCAGGUUCUUCUUCAGUCUUCAGCAGUGCCCCUUCUUCAACUGGUGUCUUCGGUUUCGGUACGACCUCUUCAGGUUCUUCUUCAGUCUUCAGCAGUGCCCCUUCUUCAACUGGUGUCUUCAGUUUCCCUACGACCUCUUCAGGUUCUUCAGUCUUCAGCAGUGCUCCUUCUUCAACUGGUGUCUUCGGUUUCGGUACGACCUCUUCAGGUUCUUCUUCAGUCUUCAGCAGUGCCCCUUCUUCAACUGGUACGACCUCUUCAGGUUCUUCUUCAGUCUUCAGCAGUGCCCCUUCUUCAACUGGUGUCUUCGGUUUCGGUAUGACCUCUUCAGGUUCUUCUUCAGUCUUCAGCAGUGCCCCUUCUUCAACUGGUACGACCUCUUCAGGUUCUUCUUCAGUCUUCAGCAGUGCCCCUUCUUCAACUGGUGUCUUCGGUUUCGGUACGACCUCUUCAGGUUCUUCUUCAGUCUUCAGCAGUGCCCCUUCUUCAACUGGUGUCUUCAGUUUCCCUACGACCUCUUCAGGUUCUUCAGUCUUCAGCAGUGCUCCUUCUUCAACUGGUGUCUUCGGUUUCGGUACGACCUCUUCAGGUUCUUCUUCAGUCUUCAGCAGUGCCCCUUCUUCAACUGGUACGACCUCUUCAGGUUCUUCUUUAGUCUUCAGCAGUGCCCCUUCUUCAACUGGUGUCUUCGGUUUCGGUACGACCUCUUCAGGUUCUUCUUCAUGCCCCUUCAUCAACUGGUGUCUUCGGUUUCGGUACGACCUCUUCAGGUUCUUCUUCAGUCUUCAGUAG